AUGUUGUCCAGAUCCCUUAGAUCGAGUUUACGCCGUAUACCCGCUGCCACGCGUGUGUCAAGAAAAGCCUCUUUAGCUGGUGGUUUGAAGAUGGCCUCCGUCAAGUCAUUGCACACUAGAGUGGCCACUUUUGGUUCGAAUUUUGGUAACCUCAAACUGCCGGUGGUGUCUUUCCAGAGAUUAGCCUCUACGACCGUGAAAGUUCCGGAGAUGGCCGAGUCGAUCACCGAAGGUACCUUGUCUGCGUUCAACAAAGAAGUUGGUGACUACGUUGAGCAGGAUGAGCUUGUUGCCACUAUCGAGACCGACAAGAUCGAUGUCGAAGUGAACGCUCCAGUUGCCGGUACUGUCACUGAGCUUUUGGCCAGUGUUGAAGACACUGUUGAGGUUGGCCAGGAGAUCCUCAAGAUAGAAGAAGGCGCUGCGCCAGAGGGUGGUGCCAAGAAGGAGGAACCAAAGAAGGAGGAGAAGAAGGAGGAGCCUGCCACACAGGAGGUCAAGGAAGAGCCAAAGAAGGAAGAGCCAAAGAAGGAGGAGCCAAAGAAAGAAGAACCAAAGAAGGAGCAACCAAAGAAGGAGGAAUCAAAGAAGGAGGAGCCAGCUACAUUUGGUGGGUUCUCUAGACUGGAAGAGAGAGUCAAGAUGAACAGAAUGAGAUUGAGAAUCGCCGAACGUCUUAAAGAGUCGCAGAAUACUGCUGCCUCUUUGACUACUUUCAACGAGGUGGACAUGUCUAAUUUGAUGGAAAUGAGAAAGUUGUACAAGGACGAGGUUUUGGACAAGACCGGCAUCAAGUUUGGUUUUAUGGGUGCUUUCUCCAAGGCCGCUGCCCUUGCUUCCAAGGAGAUACCUGCAGUCAAUGCCUCCAUCGAGAACAACGACACCAUGGUGUUCAGAGACUACAUGGACAUUUCUGUUGCUGUGGCUACGCCUAAGGGUUUGGUCACUCCAGUUGUCAGAAAUGCCGAGUCUCUUUCGAUUUUGGGUGUUGAGGAAGAAAUCUCCAAGUUGUCUAAGAAGGCCAGAGACGGUAAAUUGACCUUGGAAGACAUGGCCGGUGGUACUUUCACCAUCUCCAACGGUGGCGUUUUCGGCUCCCUCUACGGUACUCCUAUCAUCAACUUGCCUCAAACCGCCGUUUUGGGUUUGCACGGCAUCAAGCAGAGGCCUGUCACUGUGAACGGCCAGAUUGUGUCGAGACCCAUGAUGUACCUUGCAUUGACCUACGACCACAGAGUGUUGGAUGGCCGUGAGGCUGUUACCUUCUUGAAGCUCAUCAAAGAGUACAUCGAGGACCCCAGAAAGAUGUUAUUGUCGGCCUAA